UGUUUCCAUAUAUCAUACCCAAACUGAUCAGGACUAUUUUCAAUUCAAAAUGAUCUCUGAGUCACUGAAGCUACAUAUUCCAACUUGUCCUGUGUUUUCUAGUGUGUGGAGUGCUGAGCAAACACACUGAUCACAGAAACCUGUUCACACAGCGAGUGUGUUGCAGGAGGCAGAGUCACUUUUUGUACAUUGGGCAAGAUAUUUCCGGGAGUCCAGUCAGUGUAGAUGUAGGACUGUGUAAGUCACACUGUGGAGCGAUAAGACCAUCACAUGAAGCAAGCCAGCAGGACUACUCAAAGCAUUCGUCAAUGCUGGAAUUUAUCAGGAGCAAAAAGCUGAGGAUGCGCGGAGCUGCUGCCGCAGACAUUGGGGAGCCCCUCAGACAGCUGCCGUCCUGCGGGAUGAGCCAGGUGUGCCAGCCCGCCGGGAUGCGCGUGGACCGGAUGCUUCUGUUCGAGGGACCCCGAGAGGUGGAGGUCAUCGAGGAGUGCCACUGUGAGAUCAAACUGACGCAGUGCAUCCGCGUCCCGGCGCUGAAGACCUAUUACUCUGAGACACCGUAUGAAACAGUCAUAGACGUGGGAGGAUGUUCACGGUCCAAAGGAUCACCAGAGGGAUUCUCCUGUGUCCCCACUAAGUUUGAUUCAGCCUGGGUGGAGACUCCCAACAAAGUGGAUCUCGUCCAGACCGUGGUGGCCUGUGAGCUAAAGGAAAGCUGCUACAGGGUCCCAUAUAUAGAGUACUAUUAUGAAUUAGUCCAAUAUCCAGAGGGCGUCAGAGAGGAGAGGCUCAAAGAAAUAGAUGUGGGCAGAUGUUUGGGAGGUUGCACUACAGGAAACCGAUGCCUUCUCAGGAAUCCAACUGAUCCGGAAAACUGUCAAUUGUGGUCUGAAGGACAGUCCAGCUCCUGUGUUCCUCAAGGCUAUGAGAGCCACAGCUUCUUCAACCAGCAUGGGCAGAUUCGAACUGUGCUGGCAAUCACGUCCUGUGUCUGCAGCGCCAUCUAGCGGAAAACCACUUCUAAGACCUCAACUGACCCCAAAAGACACACAUUUUGGGCCUUUACCCUCAAGAAAAUACUGUCUCCAAUUUGC